AUGUAUGGGCCCCGUUUUAUCCGUGUUGGUGGUAAGAACGAACUUCGCGCAGCCGGUGGCGAGGAGUUGUAUACUUCUUUGCAUGUCCACUUCUAUUGUGGUCUUACGAACGCAGUCUUCCGCGAAAAGCAUCCCGUCGUGGUGGGGAUGUACCACGUGGAUGAAAUACUCAUGAAAACAAAAUUUCUGCGUGAUCUUCCACAGCCCUUUGCAAAUCACCUUGUUGAAUGCUUUUUUCAGGUCAUGAAGCCGUCGCGUGACGAUAAUAAUGUUAGUUGUGUCGCGAAGAUGACGAAAAACACACUGGCUCACUGGCAGGAGUCCUUGUUCCAGUUGGCUGUUACGGUGGUUUAA